UACAGACAACACAUCUGUACUCCAUUAUUUAUUAAUGUAAUCAUUUAAAGCUUCUUCUUCUGUGUAUCAUUACUCUAUUGUUGGAUUCUUGAAAUUAUUUCAUUCCACAAAACUCUCUAGCCAGUUUAAACAAAACUGCUCACUCUUUUAUGAGCUGAAAAUAUUGUUGUGAUUUUGAGUUUUUUUUAUAGCUUUGAUUUCUCUUUUCUGCUAAAAAGAGAAAAUGAGGAACAAUUCCCAGUUUCCUUUCAGUCUCUUAUUUCUUGGUCUGUUUUUGUUUUUAUUAAUUCCAUCUUCUUACGCUCAGUUAGUUCCAGCUGAAAAUAGAAUCCUUUUCCAAAUUCAACAGUUUCUUGAAUAUCCACCAGUUUUACAAAGUUGGAAUAAUUGGACAAAUUUUUGUUACCUUCCUAAAUCUCCUUCUCUUGUUAUUACUUGUUCUGGUAAUCAUAUAACAGAAUUAACAAUUGUUGGCAACAAAAAAUCCCCCCCUCAGACUUUAAAAUCCUCUACUCCUCAAGCUCUAUCUGGUAAAUUUUCCAUUGAUUCAUUUUUCACUGUUGUCACUAAACUUUCAAGUUUAAAGAAAUUGUCAUUAGUUUCACUUGGAUUGUGGGGUCCAUUACCUGCCAAGAUUAGUAGAUUUCACUCACUUGAGGUACUAAAUAUUAGUUCAAAUUUCAUUGUUGGUGAAAUUCCAUCAUCAAUAGUAAAAUUCAAGAAUCUGAAAUCUCUUGUUUUGGCUAGAAAUUUGUUUAAUGGAUCUGUACCAGAGUUGAAAGGGUUAGUAGCAAUUCAAGAAUUGGAUUUGAGUAACAAUCAUUUAGGACCUAAGUUUCCAUCUAUAGGAAAUAAUAUUGUUACACUCAAUUUGAGAAACAAUUUUUUCAGAUCAGAAAUUCCUAAUGGACUCAACAAGUUUACUCAUUUGCAAAUUCUUGAUUUCUCUUCAAAUAAACUUGUUGGUCCAAUCCCUUCUUUUCUGUUUUCAAUGCCAGAAAUUCAAUCCAUUAAUGUUGCUAAAAAUCAACUAAGUGGUGCACUUCCAGCAAGUGUUUCUUGUAGCAAUAAGCUUAAUUUUGUCGAUGUUUCGAGUAAUCUUUUGAUAGGAAAAUUGCCUGCUUGUCUUGGAUCAAGUUCAAGAAACAGGACAGUGAUUAAUGUUUGGAAUUGUUUGUCAAGUACAAGUAGUACUAAGUAUCAACAUCCACAUACAUUUUGUGAAAAACAAGCAAUAGCUGUUAAGCCUAUUCCAAAAGAUCAAGAUGAGAAGAAACAACAAUCUACAAUCAAACUUGGUGUUGUCAUAGGAUUAAUUGUUGGCAUUGUGGUAAUAGUGAGUGCAAUUGGAUUGUUGGUAUUUUUCAUUGUCAAGAAAGUUACAAGAAAUAGAGUUCAAGGGUAUAAGAAUGAUAGCUUUGCUUUUGAGAAGAAUUCAACCCUUUCAAAAACUGCUGAUGGAGGGAAUGCAAGGAGGACAAUGAGGUUGACAUCAUUAGGAUUGCCACCAUAUCAUGUUUUCACUCUUGAGGAAAUGGAAGAUGCAACAAACAAUUUUGAUCCAACUAAUUUGGUUGGAGAAGGUUCCCAGGGUCAGCUAUAUAGAGGUUGGCUUAGAGAUGGAGCAGUGGUCCUAGUGAAAUGUCUGAAAUUGAAGCAGAAGCAUUCACCUCAAAUUCUGCAGCAGCACAUGGAGAUGAUAUCAAAGCUAAGACAUAGGCAUUUGGUUAGUGUACUUGGACAUUGUGUUGUCACUUACCAAGAUCACCCAAAUACAGCUAGCACUGUAUUUAUUGUGCUUGAAAAUGUUGUCAAUGGAUCACUAAAGGAUCAUCUUAGCGAUUGGAGAAAAAGGGAUGUAUUGAAAUGGCCACAGAGAAUGGGAAUAACAAUGGGAAUUGCGAAAGGAAUCCAGUAUUUGCACACUGGAGGAGUCACUGGAAAUGAUAUUAAGCUUGAGAAUGUUUUGUUGGAUGAGACUCUUACUGCUAGAAUAAGCUGCUAUAAUAUAUCUUUGCCUUCUAAGGUUGGUUCUGAAAGUCCUCUUGCUGGGCCGGAUCAAUUAACCAGCGCGAAAGAAGCAGAAAAGAAAGACAUCUAUCAAUUGGGAACAAUUCUACUAGAGACUAUUACUGGUCGGCCAAUCAACUCUCAAAGUGAAACAGAAGACCUUAAGCUUCAGGUGGAGACUUGCUUAGCGGAAUCACCAUCAAAGCUACGAGAUUUAACAGAUCCUUGUAUUCGCGGUACAUUUGCAUAUGAAUCGUUGAAAACUAUGGUCCAGAUUGCAGUAAACUGCCUUGAAAAAGAACCGAGCAGGAGGCCAUCAAUUGAAGAUGUUCUUUGGCAUAUGCAAUACUCAAUUCAGGUUCAAGAAGGAGCAACUAACAGUGGAAACCUCAGCGGGAACCUCAGUGGGAAAAUCAGUGGAAACCUUAGCAAUAAGUUUUACUGAUUAGAGAUCUGGCAUGAUAUUGUUUUUACCUUGUUAUAGUCAUUUGUAUGCCUCCUGUAUAGUGCAGUUCAGUAGCUUACUGAAUAAAUGUUUUUUUAAUCUCCAUCAGAAUAAUACCCAAGUAUACAAAUCAUAUAUUUUUAGUUGAGAAUCUA